AUGUCAUGCCCACAUCUCAGUGGGGUUGCAGCUCUAAUCAAGAGUGCUCAUCCAGAUUGGUCCCCAGCAUCGGUAAAAUCAACCAUUUUAACCACCGCUUACACGCUCAAUCGCGGUGGUAAUGCAAUCUCCACGGAGCAAAACACUUCUGCUACCUUGUUUGAUAUGGGUUCCGGCCAUGUCAACCCACCAUUGGCGUUGAAUCCAGGAUUGGUAUAUGACAUCCAUCCAGAUGACUACAUUCCUUACCUCUGUGGGUUGGGUUAUAAUGAUAAAGAGGUAAGAUUGAUUGUGCAACGAAAGGUGAAUUGCUCGAAUGUAUCUUCCAUAUCCGAGGCUCAGUUGAACUAUCCAACGUUUUCCAUCUCUUUGGGUUCUGGUGAUCACAAGACUUACACAAGAACAUUUACUAAUGUUGGCCUGCCUAACUCAACUUACACCUGCAAGGCCUUAUCUCGCGAAGGCGUUGAGGUUAAAGUCAUGCCUAAUGAGAUCAAGUUUAUGGAAUUGGGAGAGAAAGCGAGUUAUUCUAUGACAUUUAGCAUAUUGGGAAAUGUCACAAUAAGUAGUAUAGGUGAAUGUUACUUGGUGUGGUCGUCAGCUGAUUCUGAAUAUGACGUUGUGAGUGCUAUAGCAAUUGUCUUUGUUUGA